AUUAUUGUUAUUGAAUAUGUAAUCACUUUCAGAAUCCAAAAAGAGAAUUCAUGAACAAUCAUAUGCCUAGAAAGUAUCUCAUCCUAUAAGUCCAGAUAAAUCUGAUAUAAAAUUGAAUCAAUCUCUAUUCAAUGCUAAAAUUGUAGCAAAAAAAUCUUGUUCUUUAAUUAAAGAUGUUCAUAAAGAUGUACAAUUAACAAUUAAAAAAUAUGAUGAAUUCUUAAAACUAACUAAUACUCCUAAAAAAUUUCAAGAUUCAAUAAGAAGUUCUCCAUCAAUAAUAAAACCACAUUAAAUUGAAGAAACAUAAGAAUAAAAAGAAGAUGAUUAAGGAUAAAUAAGUUAAUAUCAAAGAUAUACUUGUUCUUAAGAAUUAAGAAGACAAUCUCUACCAUUAGAAAGAUCUGAAUUUAGAUUAUCGAGUUUUAAUGCUAAAUAAGAACUCUUUCCAGUAGAAGACAUUAGUCCUAUUAAAUAAUAAAAUAAUAGUAAUUUUGUAUAUCGAAGAAAUUCCUCCUAAAUCUUGAAAUCUCCUCAUCCUAAUUAAUCUCAAUAAUCAAUACUUUCAGAUUAUUAUGGAAGUUAUGCGAAAAUUCAUUUACGCAAAUCUCCAACUUCUCCAAAAAUUGAGAUCAAAUAAUAAGAGAAACCUAAAUCAUCUCCAGAUAUUGCAAAAAGAAAUUAAGAAUGGAAAUAAAAAAUUGAAGAAAAAAUAAUCUUUGAACAAAAAAGAAAAAGUCAAUAAGAAAUGAAAGAUUGUACAUUUAGACCAAAAUUAAAUGAAACAAAAACUAGUGAUAAACCAAAAACAAAAAUUACAUAAAAAGGAAGGAAGAGUGUUAAUAAUUGUUAAAAUCCUGAAAUUAAAGAAAUUAUGCAUAUAAUUGCAGAUCUAAAUUAAUUUAGUAAAUAAUUAAAAAAGAAACUAUGA